CCUGACCUCUGCCCCCCUGCCCCCUUUCCCCCCGUCCCCCCGCAGGUGGCAGCCCAGCAGAAGGAGUCGGAGUCGACGCAGAAGGCGGAGAAGGAGGUUUCCCGCAUGGUGGUGGUGAUGAUCGUGGCCUAUUGCUUCUGCUGGGGGCCCUACACCAUCUUCGCCUGCUUCGCCGCCGCCAACCCCGGCUACGCCUUCCACCCCCUGGCGGCCGCCCUGCCCGCCUACUUCGCCAAGUCGGCCACCAUCUACAACCCCAUCAUCUACGUCUUCAUGAACAGACAGGUGGGGGUCUGGGGGCUUCGGGGGGCUCUGGCCCUUUAAGAGUCCCUAUGGGGCUCUAUGGGGCUCUAUGGGGUCGCCUUCCAUCCACCUACUUCACCAAGUCGGCCACCAUCUACAACCCCAUCAUCUCCGUCUUCAUGAACAGACAGGUGGGGGCCUGGCCCUUUAAGAGUCCCUAUGGGGCUCUAUGGGGUCCCUAUGGGGCUCUGUGGGUCC